AAAUUAUUAUAGGUUAGACAAUGGUUGGAAGGGGGAGAGAUUAUUAAGAGGUGUUAUUCUUAUAGAGCGGUCCUGCACCAAACGAAACGGCGGCGAUGAUGGUGGAAGAGUCAAGCUCCAUUCGGCUGAGACUACAGGACAGAAUCAACAAUCUACCAAACUCCGUACUGCAUCACAUUCUAUCAUUCCUCCCUACCAAAACCUCCGUCCACACCAGCCUCGUCUGCCGCAGAUGGCGAAACCUUUGGAAGAAUCUUCAAACAUUCAACUUCUGCGAUAACUCUCACUACAUGAUCUACGACGAAGACAACAUCAAACAGUUCUUGUGUUUCACCGUUUUCGUCAAUGCUGUACUUUCUCUUCGUAGGUCACGCGACACUCGCAAGUUUCAUCUCUCUUGCGUUCAUUUCCCGUCCGAUCCAUUCUUUGCUUACUCGGUUGACACUUGGAUCAGUACCGUCGUCGGACCCCAACUUGAGGAAUUUCAUCUUACCCUCCAUUGUCUUGACGGAUUCGCCUUCAAUCUCCCUCAAUCUCUUCUCUCUUGCUCCAACCUUAUAUCCGUUAGUCUUUCUGGUAAUAUCUUGUUUCAAUUACAAGACUCUUCGGGUAUUUGCCUACCGUCAUUGAAAGUGCUGCAACUACUACUAGACAUGUAUCUCUUGGAUUUGAAUCCUGUGAAUAUCUUUCUUUCUGCCUGCCAUGUUCUCGAAGAUCUGGAAAUGUCCUUUACUCAUGAAUCUCUGGCCAUACUUCGGGUCCCAACUUCCUUAAAGAGGUUGAAAAUUAUGGUUGAGACUAAAGUUGGGGCUUGCCUUGAAAUAGACGCACCCGAUCUCAAGUUCCUUAGCCUCACCAAUGUUACAAUCAGCCAUGCAGCAACUAUUGGAAACUUGCACAAAGUGGAAGAAGCAUUUCUUGAUGUACUUCCCACUCCUGAAAGUGAAUCUGUUGAACCUUUACUGAAUCUCCUCCGAGCUCUCUCUGGAAUUAAACAUCUCGAGCUGUUUAGUUCAACAACAAAGUGGCUAUCUGCUGCCCCAACUUCAGAUUUUCCUGAAUUUCAUUAUUUGCUUCACCUACAGCUCUUUCUUCUCUCUUUCAACUUUAAUUUUAUAUUCGACAUGCUUCAUAAAUGUCCUAUCCUACAAACUCUGAUAACAUUCAACGACAAGAUGGAUCCAUCGUUUGAUUCUUCACCUGCAUAUGGAUGGGAGACGAAGCCUCAAAGUGUUCCUAAGUGUCUCGUAUCCCAUUUGACCUUUAUUAAAUUUGAAGCAUAUCUAGGACAUUCAAAUGAGCUGGAAUUUAUUGGCUAUGUUUUGCAAAAUGGACUUGUUUUGAAGACAGUGCUUAUUGAUGAUUUCUAUAUGAUGAACCAACCGGAGGAGUGGAAGGAAAAAAUUUAUGAUCUGCCAAGGGGGACGAUGUGCCAACUUAAAAUUCAUUGAGAUGUAUCACAAAGCUCGCAGGGCCAUGGAAGAAUUCAAAAGCAGGAGCCAGAGAGAAUAGGACUGCUGCCGAGAAGGGUGUGGAUAAUUCUGUACUUUUGGUUACAUAUCCAUAAGAUGUUAUCAUGUUUUGAAUUCCGUAGUACCUAUCUUAAUCUCUGUGUUACCUUUGUUGUUUGUUAUUACUUUAAUUAAUAUUUUAUGACGCCAGUUUCAGUAUUAGUAUUUUGGUACCUUGUAAUCUUUAUAGGAACCUUAUGUUUGGAUGAAUAUUUUUAGCAAUCAGUAUAUUGUGCUGUGAUUUGCUUUUGAUGG